AUGGAGGGUUCAAAAUCGUUGCCCGAGAAGACUCAGAAAAAUAAAGAUCUUGUAUUUCAUUCAAUUGCACCAGAGGCACUGCUUCCCUACUUCCAGGCAAGUGGUAAGCUAGAUAUAUGGCCUAUUGUUGUUCGGGUGGAUUACAGUCCGAAGCAUGUAGAUCUAGCAGCUUUAAGAAAUGGAAAGUAUAUAGAGCUUGUGAAUCUUUUCCCAUGGAAGGGGAUUGAGCUUAACCUGAAACAUGUUCAAGCUUCUGGAGUCUAUGGUUGGGGAAGUGUUUGUGAAACUACUGUAGGGGAGUGGUUGGAAGAUAUAUCUCAGAAUCAGAUUCGGAAAAUACUGCGGGGGCUUCCUACUGUACGAUCAUUGAUUGCAGUUGGGGCUGGUGCUGCAAAGCUGGUUUCAUCACCAGUAGAGAGCUACAAGAAGGACCGGAGAGUGCUCAAGGGUGUGCAGAGAGGUACAAUUGCAUUUCUUCGAAGCAUUUCUCUUGAAGCUGUUGGACUAGGAGUUCAUCUAGCUGCUGGAGCCCAUGACAUUCUUCUCCAAGCAGAAUAUAUUGUUUCAAGCAUACCUUCUCCAGUUCCACCGCCUGUAAAGGACAAAUCAAAAACAGAUGUUCGGUCUAAUCAACCUAAAGAUGCCCAAGAAGGAAUUCAACAGGUGAAAUGUCAAAAUGAUGGCUUGGGAAAAUCUGCUUCUGUGUUAGUUCAGAACCCCUUGAAAAAAUUUCAGCGUGGUUCAGGCGCUGGACCUGCCUUGGCUGCUGCUGUUCGAGCAGUUCCAGCUGCGGCCAUAGCCCCUGCUUCAGCUUGUGCAAGUGCUGUACACUAUGCUCUUCUUGGAUUCAGAAAUAGCCUAGAUCCAGAACGUAAAAAGGAGUCCAUGGAGAAAUAUUGUCCGACACAACCCUGGGAAGAAGACUGA